GAGGUCAACACAUGUCAGGUGGCAAUUGUAGUCCGCCCACGUGGAAUAAUGCAUAUGUACACACACGCAUGCGAGUCUGUGCACAAGUUGGACGUGAUGAGAGUACAAAUUUGGCGGAGAAUUUGCAAGCGAAUAUAAACACCACCGAACUGGAAUUUAAGUGGCAGACAGCUUUUGUGUCACAACUAGACCGGGAACCAAUCAAACUUGGCUCUCCAAGCAAACUUGACCAACAGUACAAAACAUUCCGAUAUUUCACAAUAGCUGCCCGGUCGGCUGAGGUUGAAGUAAUUUAGUGUCCGUAGCUAUAGCUGCAGAGUUUUGCGAGAAAUCCGAAGUUUGUCUUGUUGAGAGAAUGGCCACGGCGGCUGUGGAGCUGAUGCAGGAUGACGAUCCAUCGUCGGUGUUCGGAAGCGAUGGGCUGCUCAGUGAGUUCUUGGUCAAGAACGAGUCGGACUUUCUGAUGGCACCCAACGCGAUGGAGAAUUGGCAAGAGGGAGAGCUUGACAGAUAUCUUUCGAGAGAUGAGACAGCAAGCCCAGGGACAAUCCUUGCCAACAAGCUGAGGCGAGAGAGCGCCUCUCUCAUGGACGAUUACUUUGAUGAGUCCGACCCCAGAUUCUCCUUCAACAUCAGUGGCAACUUCAACGUGGUCUUCCCCCAAACACAUCACUACCAGUGUGCGAAGCCCGAGCCUUACCUUCAGAACAUGCCUGCGUGCAGUAUGAACAGCAACACCAAUGCUUGUAGCAUGAGGCAACAGGACAGUUUGUGCCACAAUAUGCCCCCCUCACCCAUGGAGGACAUGAACAAUAACUUUCCCAUCACCAUCAACGGGGUCUCCAUCAAGACCGAACCACAGGACACUUACCCAUCACACUGCAAACUCAUGUCCCCCAACAUGCACAUCAAGUCUGAACCGAUGUCACAGCAUCAUCAGUACACGCCCACCAACAUGACAACUGACUGUAUACCAACGUUUCCAACAGGGCUGGAUUUCCCACAAAUAGCAGCUCCCCAGACCCAGUACCACCAACAACCUUAUACAAACUCUGUCUUUGGGAUGCCCCCUACACCGCCUCAUUCCCAGCCUGGGUCGCCGGCUGAUCUUCCCCUUGAGUUCACCAAUCAUCCGCUGCGGCCACCUCCCCCACCGUACACCAUUGCAGUUAUGAACAAACAGGACAAGAAGCCUAUCAAUGUGCAAAGGUACAACAGAAAGAACAACCCGGAACUUGAAAAGAGGAGAAUUCAUCACUGCAACUACCCAGGCUGUAUCAAAGUGUACACCAAAUCUUCCCAUCUCAAGGCGCACCAGCGCAUCCACACUGGAGAGAAGCCAUACUUCUGCUCCUGGAAUGGCUGCCAGUGGAGGUUUGCCCGCUCCGAUGAACUGACGCGCCACUACCGCAAGCACACCGGGGCCAAACCCUUCAAGUGUAAGAUCUGCGAGCGUUGCUUCUCUCGCUCAGACCACCUGUCUCUGCAUAUGAAGCGUCACCAGGAGAAAUGCAACAGUAAGGCCCAAGCAUCGACAGAGUAGACCAUGGUCCCGUAUUGUCCUCCAUCAUUGUUGAAAUCCUCUGAAUUAAUUUUGUUCAGUAUUUUUGAAUUUAUACUUUUCUGGCAUUGGCGUUAAAAUGUUUUUCAGAAAUUGAUUGUGUAAAAGUGCAUUAACAGUCACAAAUUGUUGACAACCAUCCAACAAGUGAUCACUGGAAUAUUAUUGAGACUUUGUUCUUAUAAACCAGUCCCAUGGUUAAUUAUGUACUGAAAGAAAAUCUGAUUCUGUUUGCUGCUGUAUAAAGAUGUUGAUGUGUGAACCAUUGGGGAAUAAGUUAAAUUAAAGUGUGUGACAUUUGAGUGAAAAAAAUGUACAUAAUUCAUUAAAAGCACCAGGCAGAAAUGCUGCAUUUUAAAAUACCAAUUUAAGACACUUUAAAGAAAGCUGAAAAAUGUUAACAAAUUUGUACACUAAAAGACAUGCAGCAAAAUGUACCAAAGGGCACCAAAUUGCAUUUUGUGAAAGAGUAUUGUAAGUAAAACUGUAAAUAUACUGUACAAAGACUCACAGAGCAACUCGUAAAUUACUAGAAUGACAAUCAGAAAUUGUGAAAUUGAAAACAAAUUUCAAUCACACUGAUCUCUGGGCAUUGCUGUUUCUAACAUUCCACUAUUUGGUCAAAAUAAGAAGUUAGAGAUGGUAACUCAUUUUUCAUUUAAAUUUUGCCAUUUCAAUUUAUGCACUUGAAAUUCAUAGAACAUGAAUGAAGCUGGGUAUUAAGAUAAUAAGAAGGAUGUUAUCCAUCUUCAAACACGAACACCAAUCAUUGUAAAUACAAAGACAAAGUCUAUCAGUCUAAUCAUGAUGACUUCCUGAGAUAAGAAGAUAUAAGGACAAUACGUAAUGCUAAUCAUUAAACGUCAAAUGCAUCUAAACUACUCUAUCAUUGGACUUCAGUCACCAGGAUAAAUGGAUUUUUUUAUGUCUGUCAAAUUCAAUGUGUUAAUGCCAGUUGGUGGGUUUUGUCAAUCAGGACUAUAGUACAAUAACCUUUCACCAAUAAAUCCACCUCUUGUCUGUGCCUGCACAAUGGCGUCUUUCAAUGCCAAUAGAAAAGGGGCAGUCUUGCAUGCAUUUGUUUACUGACAGGCUCAGUAUUGGGCAAUAUGUUGUACUUGUAUGCCUCCCAUAGGCAUACAGAUAAUGUUCCUGUCGUUAAGGACUUCCAGAAUAUGAAUUGUUUUUGGUAAAACAAAUUUUAAUCAUUGGACUUCCAGCAAAUGUAUCUUUUGGGCAGCUUUCUGUUUGUUACUUUGGUGUUAACUUUUGCAUGACAACUGCACAAGUAGACAGGCUGAAGGAAUUGCUUGGACUCUAACUUUUGUUCAAGUGAAUCAUCACCUAACUACUUGAUGUUGGACUUUUCUUGGGAUUGGGACACUUGACUUCCAUGUGUUGCCAUGGGAAAAUCGGAUUCUAAUCUUCUUGUAAAUGCAGUACUGCUGUGCAAUUCUAUAAAUAUUUAUAAUGACCUCUGCUCUUAGUCGCUGGAGUAGUAACAAAAAACAAACAAGUAUGCCUCUGACAGCGACCUGAUGAAGGUUACUUCCGAUUUAUACUUGUGCUUAAUUGUAUCAGUAAUCUCAUAGGCUCUUCUUUAGAUAGUGUUUGUGAUUAAUAUAAUCUGAGAAAUGACAACUGAUAUCUUUGAUAUCAUGUACUGAUUAAUUCUGUAAUGAUAUUUAUAAUUAUAGUCUUUCUUUAAAAUGCACACUGUGUCUUGAACUGAUUUGUCAUUGACAAGGGUAUUGUCUUUCUUAAUGCUGGGUGCCAGAUACUUCUUGUUCAAACUUUUCCAUGCUCUUUCAAAUUUAUUCUCACAUUUGCUGAAAGUUUUUUUUUUUUUCCUUCUGUGACAUGAAUGGACAAUUGAUAACAUUCAAGUUAUUGUCAUGCCUUGAAUCGAGAGCUAUUUAAUAUUAAAACAAGCACAUCACAAACAGACCUUUUCAUAACAUGAUGUGAUUUGACAUAAAUGUGAAUUAUGAAGGUCAAAUUCAAUCCGAGAAAUAAAACACAAUUUUAAUCUUUUUGGUGAAUCAUUAUGUCUUGGAAAGACGAUUAACAAGAUGGCAAAACCACAGAAUGAAAUACCUGCUUGAAGUAAAAGUUAAUUAUGCAAGACGGUCCCUUACUUAGGAUAAUUUGAAGUAAUGAUUGAGAUGUUAUUGUUUGCAUCAAGAUCUUAGAAGGAAAAGACUUGUUUCAAAGCAUACAUCAAGAUUACAAUUUCUUGGAGUUGAAACCAUUUUUCAAUGUUUCAAAAAUUGUUGUGAUCUUUUGUACAUUUUAAGUGUAUAUUUUUGUAAAAGUAUUUUUGCUGUCUUUUGUAUACUUUUUCAACAGAUAGACCAGCUUCCCCUUUUAUACGGGACGUGUAAAUUGUAAUAUACUAAUUUAAUGUAAAUAAACAUAUAUUUUUACCAUCAUUUUAAGUACUCAUAAUGUCCAAAACUCUUAACUUUUUACAUUUCUGAAAAAACUAAUCACACACUAUAUAAUUUUCUUUAAUGAAGAUGAAACCCGCCAAAAUGUGUACAAUAAACUUGUGACAACUCAAAAAUGUAAAUUAAA